GGAGUCAUGGAUGCUCUUACUCUGUACCAUCAAAUCUUCCUGCAGUAUUUAAACCAAACAAGAAAUGUGGUGAAUGAAAAGUGUUCUGGGCUGGAGCCCUGGCAACUCAUCGCGUCCUCAAUUGCUGCUACCUUGCUGAUUGUGAAGAUAUACAUGUUUCUCUUCCAGCCAGAAAGUUUAACUUCACGAUUAAAAAAAGGGUUCUUCAGAAUUAUACGCAGACUGCCCAUCAUUGGUCAUAUAUGUACAGGAAAAGAAAAAGAACAACGUAUGAUUUCUUGGAAGAUACAGCAACAGGUAUACAAGACUUUGGAUGAUAUGUCUUCCCAGCUGCCAUUUUUGCAACACAAGAAGAAUUACAUCACAAGCCUACCAGCAAAAGGUCUCAGCCAGCCAGAAUUGUUGAAGAAGAUGAAAGAGUACAGCACUUUGGGUAAUAUACAGUGGGAAGAUGGCAAAACAUCUGGGACAGUGUACAGUGGGGAAGAGAAACUUGUUAAUCUGCUUGUUAAGGUUUAUGAGGAGUUUGCAUGGACUAAUCCACUUCAUCCAGAUAUCUUCCCAGGUGUGAGGAAGAUGGAAGCGGAGGUUGUGAAAAUGACUUGCAAGCUUUUUCAUGGUGGACCUAAUUCAUGUGGAACAGUAAUGACUUCUGGAGAUUGCCUGGACUAG